ACCACUGGCUAGUCACGCUCUUUCAUUUAUUUAUGCUCAUGUCACACACAAAAAAAACGUUCUCAAAGUCUGUGCCACCUAACGAUCACUGGCCAGUCACGGACUUUCAUUUAUUUGCGCACAUGCAUGCAUCAUCUGGCUUGCACACUUCCCAAAGACGGACCAUUCUGUCAUGACCCUUUCGUCCCCAUUCGAGGGUGUUUUCUUUUUCAGCGAGAGAAUUGACCAUUCUGUCCUAAAACCCAGAGCGAGGCUAUAUUUGGUAGGACCCACAGUCAGUGAGUGUUACUCCUGUGAGUCCAAGGACAAAUACAGCACCGAGUGCCAAGAGAGGAGGCAGAGCUGCGUCCCAGCGGGGGGAGGGAGCCGGCUUCUCCUCCCUCCAGUAACUGAAGCUUUAUACCUCGGCCAUGUCCUCGUAGAGAGGGAGAUAGUGUGUAGGGGCUAGGGUAGGUGAGGAAAGUGGCGGCUUUUAUAGGCAUGGCGCGGCGCCAGGAGCAGGGGAGCCGGCGGCGGGAGCAGCAGGAGAGGGAGAGGCGGCGGCGGGAGGAGCUGGAGAGGGAGGAGAGCACGGCGGCGGGGGAGAAAGAGAAGGAGAAGGAGAAGGAAAAGGAGGAGAGCACGGUGGCGGCGGCCAUGGUGGCGACGGAGAAGGAAAAUGGGGAGGAUAAAGAGAAGGAGAAGGAGGGGGAAGAGGAGAAGUUUGGGCAGCAAUUCUUCAGGGUGUUCCUGCCCCAGCAAUACGGGGAGAGAUUGAGAAUUCCACUAUCAUUCAACCAAUACCUUCGCAAUCAGCCUGCUGGAAUGGUUUCCCUAAAAGGUCAGAGUGGAAACAUAUGGCUUGCAGAGCUGGCUGUAGACACCGAAGGAUUGUUCUUUGCGAAUGGAUGGAAGGAAUUUGUCAGAGAUCAUUCCAUUGAGACAGGUCACUUUUUAACCUUCCGUUAUGAUGGGCGCUCAAAAUUCUCAGUGGUAGUGUUUGAUGGAAAGUGCAUUGAGAAGCCAUCAGCUUUCCAUGCUAGGCCUUGCAAGGACCUGAUUGUUAAACUGGAAAAUGGUGAAGGAGACAUGGGCAUGAAUGCAACUGAUCCUUCACAAAUAUUGGUUUCCCCCCUAGGGGGGAGCAAUGAAAACACAAGGGAGAGGGUUAGUGAAAUGGAUGCAAAUGGCACUAUAUUGCAAAGGUGCUCUAGUGUCUUGGAAAAGGGUAAGAAAAUAAGUCCUGGAGUUUUAGUUGGUACUAAUAAGACAGCAUCGACAAGCCUUAACAAGGACAUGAGUGUAUCUGACCAAUCAGAGAGUGUUCCCAAUGAGGAGAGUAUUGGAACUACAAGGAAGAGGAUUAGAGAAAUGGAUGCAAAUGGCUCUACAUCGGAGAAGUGCUCUAAAGUCUCCGAAAUGGUUAUGAAAAAAGGGCCUGAAGCUUCGGUUGUUAAUAAUGAGGCCUCAACUAGCCUUAACAUGGACAUGAAUGCAGCUGGCCCAGCAGAAUCAUUGCUUGCCACCCCAGAGGACAGUAAUGGAACCACAAGGAAGAGGGUUAAAGAAAUCAAUGUAAAUGACUCUACAUUUAAGAAGUGCUCUAGUGCCUCAGUAAAGGGUAAGGAAAAGUGUCCUGUGGCUUCAGUUGGUACUUACAAGUCCACGACAACAAGCCGUAACAGUACUGAAGAAUCUGAUUCCGAAAGCAGCAUGUUGGAACAAAGUAUCUCUUCCAUCAAGGCUGAAAUAUCCUCACCCAUGCGACUCAGAAAGAAUAAGGAUGUGCCUAAAUGUGGUAAAUACAUUGCAACAGGUCAAAGACAACUACUAGUAAUAUCGCAAAGGCCACCAGUAACUGAAGAACAGAAGAACCAUGCUCUUCAAAGGGCAAAGAAAUUUAAAUCCAAGAACCCUUUCGCUCUCCAGAUCAUGAAGGAGUCUUAUGUAUAUGUGGGAUUUUUCAUGAAUCUACCAUGUGGAUUUGUCAGGGAUUGUCUUCCCCGAGCCAACAAGAAGUUAAAACUCUGGGAUCCACAAGGAAAGUCUUGGGAUGUUAACUACGUCUACUACAGCGCCCGUGCUGUUGGCGCUUUCAGUGGUGGCUGGAGCAAGUUUUCACUAGGCAAUAAUCUGGAGAAGUUCGAUAUCUGUGUCUUCGAGCUCAUCUCCAAGGACGACAUAAAAGUGCACAUCUACAGAGUCGUCCCUGAAAUAACUCCAUUUCUUCCUGGUACUAACAGGAAAUAACAGUCCUGUGCACAUUGGGCAGAGUGUUCUCUUCCAUUAUCUAAAAAAGGGUCAGGGGUCUGCAAUUCGAUUGAUCUGGAGCUCUAAUACUCAAUAAGAAAACAAUAUUCAGAAAUUGGUGAUAUUUAAAAGAGAAUAAGCAACUGGCUAAUAAGCAUAGAUAUGCUCUGUUUGAAUUGUUGAAUGAUUGGUUAGACCCUGUUGUAUGGGUUCGAGAAUAAUCUUCCAGGGUUGCUGCCAUUGUUAUGCUGCACUCUUUGAACAAUGUAUUCUAGUUAUUUGUUGACAUCCCUUAGUUUCCAGUGAUACGAUUGUAGCCAUAAGUUCCUGGUGAUAUGAUUUUUGUGCGGAUUAUAUUC